AUGGAUCAAGGAGAUUCAUCAUCAAUCUUGCUUUCUAAUGCCAUGAUAAUUGCUGCAACUACUGCAGAAACUUCAGAUUCAUUCGACAGUCAUGCAGCCAAACAUCCGAGACUAGAGCUUAAUAAUGACAUUAUAAUUGCAGCCAAAUUCAAAGGGGUGGUGCCCCAGCAAAAUGGACAUUGGGGUGCACAGAUAUAUGCAAACCAUCAGAGAAUUUGGCUAGGAACAUUUAAGUCUGAGAAAGAAGCAGCUAUGGCAUAUGAUAGCGCGGCGAUCAAGAUUCGCAGUGGAGAUUCACAUAGAAAUUUCCCGUGGACUGAAAGGAACAUUCAAGAGCCUGAUUUCCAGUCCCAAUACAGCACAGAAGCUAUUUUGAACAUGAUCAGAGAUGGAUCAUAUCAACCAAAAUUUGCUGAUUUUCUUAGGACACAAUCAAGAAGACAAGAAGCUGCAGCCACUGGUACAAGUCUUAAUAAUCAAACAAGGGUUCAUGGUAUUGAUGAUGGGCAAUUUUCUUGCAUACAGCUUUUUCAGAAGGAACUUACACCAAGCGAUGUUGGUAAGCUUAACAGGCUUGUUAUCCCCAAGAAAUUUGCCGUUAAAUACUUCCCUUAUAUAAGUGGAAACGUGGAAGUAGAUGACAAUAGAAUAAGAGGUGAGAUAGAUGAUACAGAACUUGUACUUUAUGACAGGCUAAUGAAGUGCUGGAAGUUCAGGUAUUGCUACUGGAGAAGCAGCCAAAGUUUUGUGUUCACAAGGGGUUGGAAUAGGUUUGUCAAGGAAAAAAAUUUAAAGGAAAAAGACAUUGUCAUUUUCUAUGCUUGUGUUUGCCCUGAAAGGGUUCAUCAAGAAGCCCUAAAUUUUUGCUUAAUUGACAUUAGUUAUAGCAAUGGCCAAAGCUGUAGUGUGGUUGAUGGGGCUUACCAGAUUGAGGAGAUGCAAAAAGAAUUGGAACUCAAUUUGGGACUAACUAUUAGAAACAAAUUGCAGAAAGAUCAUCAUCAUCAAGGGAAAGAAUCCAAGGAAGAGAAUAGAUUGAGAGGAUUGGAAUUGAAUAACAGUGCCACCAAAGGAAAGGGGUUUAAGCUUUUUGGGACAAGGAUCGACUGA